AUGAAUGAUAUUAAAAAUAUUAAUAAUAUUAAAAACAAAAAUAGUUCAAUAAUUAUAAACUCAAAUUUUUUAUUUAUUCUAAUUAUAGAACCUUUAAUAGAUUAUUUAUUAAUAAAGAAAAAAAAAAGGGAAAAUAAUAAAUAUAAUAUUAAAAGAUUUCACUUUAACAAUGAAGAAUUAAUAACAUUUUGUUUGGUAUCAAAAAAAUGGUUUAAUUUAAUAUCUGAAAUUAUAUCAAAUGCUUUUAAAUUUAAUUAUAUUAAUAAUAAUUCAAUUAAUUUUAGAAAUAAAAAUCAAAUUUUUAAAAUAAAUACAAAAUUUUCAAUAAUUAAAAUUAAUGAAUCAUCAUCAUCAUCGUCAUCAUCAUCAUCAUCAUCACCAUUAAUAGCAACAACAAGAUCAACAACUAAAAUCAAAAAAUUAGUGUUAAAUAUAACUAAUAGUUUUGAAAAUGAAAUUUUAAAUGGUCAAUAUUUAAUUAAUAAUAUUAUUCAAAAAUUGGAAAAUCAUAAAGAAAAUAAUAAUAAUAAUAAAAUUUCUCUUAAUGUUAGUAAUGAAAUCUUUACCCCAAUUCACCAAUUACAACCAAUUAUAAAUAAUGAAAAUGAAAUUGAUAAUAAUAGUAAUAAUAAUAAUAAUAAUAAUAAUAAUAAUAAUAAUAAUAAUAAUAAAAAUAAAUAUAUUUUUGAUAAAUUAAUAAUAAAGGGUAAUGGUAAUAUUAAAAAUAGUUUAAAGAUGAUUUUAAAAUAUUUUAAACCAAAAUUUAUAAAAAUUGAUUCAAAUGGUUAUCCAUACUAUUAUGAUAGACAUAGUGAAAGAUUUCAACAUUAUUCAAUGAUCUUUAAUUCAACAUUAAACAAUUCAUUAGAAUCAGUUCUCAUUAAAUCAAAUGACCAUGUUGAACCAAUUGAAUUAUUAAAUAUUUACAAUUUCACUAAUUUACAUACUUUAUCAAUUCCAAUUUAUUUACAUCCAAUUAUAAAUAUUAUAAUUAAUAAUAAUAAUAAUUUUAAUGAACUAGAUAUUAAUAAUAAUAAUAAUAAUAAUAAUAAUAAUAAUAAUAAUAAUAAUAAUAAUACAAUAUCAUCAUACUAUUAUUGUUCAUGGUGGAAUAAACAUGAAAUUGAAAAUAAAAUUAAUUUAAAAAGAAAUUGGAAAUUAAUGUUUGAUUCAAUUAGUAAUAAUAAUUCAAUUAAAUAUUUAACACUUGAAAACUAUUGUAAAAAUGGGUUAACUUGUUCAAAUUAUUCAAAAUUAAAUUUAAAUUUAUUUAAAUUAAAUCCAUUUAAAAUCAUUUCAAAUCAAUUAAAGAAAAUAUUUUUAAAUAAUAAAUCAAUUAUUUAUUUUAAAAUUAUUGAUUUUGAUUUUAUUGAUCCUGAAAUUACAUUUUCAUCAUUAUCAAAUAAUAAUAAUAAUAAUAAUAAUAAUAAUAAUAAUAAUAAUAAUAAUAAUAAUAAUAAUAAUAAUAAUAAUAAUAAUAAUAAUAAUAAUAAUAAUAAUAAUAAUAAUAAUAAUAAUAAUAAUAAUAAUAAUAAUAAUAAUAAUAAUAAUUUAAAAACUUUAAUUUUAAAACAAAGUUACAAUAUUGGAAUUAAUAAUCAAGGUAACUUAAAUAGGAAUUGUAUUAGUUAUAAAAUUCAUUAUUUACAUCAAUAUUCAAUUUUAAAUUAUUUAAUUUCAAAUGUUUUUACAAAUAAUUCAAAUUCAAAUUCGAAUAAUAAUAAUAAUCAAAUUAAACAUUUUAAAUUUUUUGAUAAAUUUUUAAAAUUACAAUUAUUAGAAUCAUUUUUUAAAUUGUUAAUUGAAAAUUGUAAUAAUAUACAUUGUUUAUAUUCAAUUGAUUUAUUAAUUGAAAUAGAGUAUUUAGAUGGUACAUUAUUUAAUUAUUUAAAAUU